GAAUCUCUCCGCCAGCUGGUGUUCGCAAAUCGGUUCAAGUAGAGCAAUAAUGUCCUACGCAGUCACGGUCCACAAGCCUUCUUCUGUGAGGCACGCGAUUGUUGCAGACGUGUUUGAACCCGGCGUUCAGUCGCUCGUUCUUGCGCGUCCGUCGGCGCUCGACAUCCAUUCGAUAACCGAACAGGGUCUAGCUCUCCAGCACACCAUUCCUAUCAAUGGCACCAUAACCGCCUUAGCGACCUUCAAGCCCUCAAAGGCGGAAGUGAGCUGGCUCUUUGUUUUGACAGAAAGCUGCGUCUGCUUUGUGCUGGAAUACUCCGAUGGGAAGUUCGUGACGCGACAAGUCCUUAAUGAUUUGGAAGAUCGGGUUUCCCCAGAUACGGACACGGCGCAUGUCGCUAUCAUCGAGCCUUCUCGACGCGGCAUCUUGUUGUACUUUAAAAAGUCUACGCUGACUUACAUCCCACUGAUCCCAAUAGCGCGCAAGGCAAGGAACCGGAAAGCCGUUACUGAAGCACCGACCGAGAUCACCGGAACUCUUUACCCCCACUUUAAGCUGCAUAUCGAUGAGCUGUUGAUCAUCUCCAUCGUCUUCCUUGAAGACGAGACGUGUCCCACUAUUGCGGUUCUCUAUCGUGAUGGAUACCAUGAACGACACGUCAAGGUUUAUCAGAUUAUCCCCGAGGAGCAAAGACUCAAAGAGCUCCAUCCUUCACGCCCUAAUUCUUAUAGCAGCCUUGAUCAGGGCGCUUCAAUGCUUCUGCCAUUCAAAGCUCCUGUGAAAGGGUUCUUUCUGCUAGGUGAGCAGAUACUCACCUACUUUUACCCUCCCGAAUUAUCGAAGCUGCCGCUCAAAAUUCCGUUUGAGGGCCCGAUCAAUUUUUGCGCCUGGACCGCGAUCGACGACUCCGGCGAGCGCCUGCUUCUUGGAGACGAGUUUGGCAAGAUCUAUAUGUUGCAAGUAGAGCUCGCUCCUCUAGAUGAUGAAAGCAUUGCUGAAGAGAUGCAAUACGUGAAAGGCUGGAAUCUGGUACCUAUCGGCGAGACUUCAAUUCCCACAACAUUGACUUAUAUAGAUGCUGGGUUCUUUUUUGUCACCUCUCACUUUUCGCCGUCGACCCUAUUUUAUCUAUCCGAAGAAGAGCCUCACGUACGAUCAGUCCAAACCCUCCCCAAUCUGGCGCCAAUCACAGAUUUCCAGCUGCUCAAGCGCGAUAAUGCAAUGGAUGUCGUGGCGUGCUCAGGCGGACUCAAAUCAGGAUCACUACGCAUUGUUCGGUCAGGUGUUGGAGUCGACUCGAUCGCAGAGGUUGUUGGCAUCCCAGAAAUAACUGGUCUAUGGACGUUUCCCGGUCAUAUAGUCGUCGCGUCAUUUAUAGAGCGUACUGCAGUGUACAAAGGCGAUCCCGAAGAAGGAGAGGUUCAGGACAUCACCGGAUGGCUUGGUAUCGAGAGUUCAGAGCCUACGGUGGGAAUGGCUUUACGUGGGUCUCAAGUCAUCCAUAUAGGCAACAGCAAAGUGACAACGAUUGAUAUUUCGACUAGUGAAGCACAUUCUGUCUCAUUAGACGGUAGAAUAUCAGACGCAGAGUUCACCACAGAUGGUAUUCUUAUAGCUGUGAUGGAUAAGCUGAUUUACAUGUCUUUGGAUCUGAAAGAGGUGGCCUCUACUACAUUGCCGAAUGAGAUUGCCUGCUUAUCUGCAUCCGAUGAUACGGUGUUUGUUGGUCAAUGGGAAGAGUGCAAUAUCGUCAUCCUAUCACUGCCGGAUCUGAAGCAAAUUGAUCAGACUGGCCAGCUCGCUGGUGGUAUUCCACGCUCGCUUGAGUUGUGUGACCUCAACACAAUCGAUGUUCCUGUACUUCUUGUCGGCAUGGCUGAUGGAACACUUUACAGCUAUCAUCUCCGAGGCUCUACUCUGACGGAUCAAAAGUCCAGCGUUCUUGGGACACGGCCAGUAUCACUAUAUCGGUUGCGUAAAGGGAUAUUCGCGGUCUCGAGUCAUCCGUCGAUGGUAUAUGGAGCUGGGAAGAAAAUCAGCAUCUCUAGCGUUAAUAUGGCGCCUCCUACCGCGUUGGCGGUGUGUCAAAAGUCUCCAGCUGCAAUGGAUGACGAUGAGGACGAAGAUAUCAUUGUGUUUGCGACUGAGAACAAACUGAUCUUCGGAGUUGUAGACCAACUUAUGAGUACUCAUAUUCAGACCCUCGAGAUGAACGAAACGGCCCGAAGACUGACUAUUAUGAGUCCAUCAACCGGUGUCAUUGGUCUCAUCACUGUGAAGACGGAGAUCGAAAGCUACAGUGGUGACGAGAUUAUGAGCUGUUUUGUGAAGCUCGUUGAUACAGCGCUUUUCGAAGUGGUAUACGAAUACCCGCUCGGCAAGGAGGAAAUGGCGGAAUCCAUCACGAGUGGGGUGAUUGGCGGUGUCGAAUAUUUAAUUGUCGGUACUGGCUAUGUAUCGAUUGAAACAGAGGAAUAUACGAGCGGACGAAUUUUGGUGUUCGACAUUCUGCCGUCAAAGAAGUUAUCGCUUGUUCUGCAGCGUGAACUAAGCGGUGGUCUUUAUGCGAUAGAGGUGGUGGAUGGGAAACUGGUUUGCGCCAUUAACUCGAUCGUCCGUCUAUGCUCUCUCACCAUGGAUCCUGCAACGGGUGUACUGGAUUUCAAACAAGAAUGUGGAUUCCGUACCGCGACGAUAGCUAUAUGCCUUUCAACAUAUAAAGACCUGGUUUUUGUCGGUGACUUGAUAAAAAGUGUAACUCUUUUACGCAUAGAGCGCGCUCCCGAUACUUCUGGGAAAGACUAUCAGUUCAAAGAAGUGGCACGUCACUAUGAACCCAUGUGGAUGACCGACGUCGAGAUGUUGAACGAUCAUAUGAUGAUUGGUGGUGAGGCGGAAGGCAAUCUGGUGAUGUUUGAGUAUGAUUCUUCAGACACGGGGAAAAAAACGACGCGCGACGAUGAGCCGCCUCUAUUAGAGGUCUAUUCAAGAAUGCAGAUUGGUCAGGUCGUCAAUCGUAUCCGACGAAUCCGCCCAGAGCCAGUUUCCUCAGUUGAGCACCCAAUUAUUACCCCCGAAGCAUAUUUUGCAACGCGCGAGGGUGGAAUUUAUCUCUUUGCGCGAAUCUCUCCCGACCAGGUUAACACUCUGGUCAGUUUGCAGGAAAACCUGUCAGCUUACAUCAAGUCUCCUGGUAAUCUCAGCCUAGUUGAAUUCCGUCGGUUUAGAAAUCAGAGAUAUAACCCCGGUGAGCUUCAACGUUUUGUUGACGGCGACUACAUCGAGCAGUUCUUAGAGCUUGAUGAUGAUGCGAAGGAAGCGAUAGUUAAAGGUGGAUUCCGAGGUUGUGUGGAUUUGCAGUAUAGCGCGGCGCAGAUGACGGCUAUGGUUGAGGAAAUUAAGAGACUGCAUUGAUAGAGGAGAAGGAUGCAGUCUGUACGGCUCUAGGGCGUUCGAA